AUGAGUGAAUUACUGGAAAACCAGCUCUCGCUGCUACGCUCCGUAGCUAAAGCAGUGGACAAUUUUAAGAAAAUCGGUCGGAAUAACCUCAUUCCAGCCAAGAUACAAGCUCGAAUGACGUUACUCAAAAAUACCUGGAGUAAGUGUCUUGAAGGGCACAGCUUUUUGCUGAAACGUUACCCGGAAUCCAAGCGUGACCUCAUCGCCUACUUCCAAGAGGAACAGAGGGAUCAAUACGAGGAAAUCUACCAGGAAGCGUUUUUUUUCAUGUCUGAAUGUUUGGAGGAGUUCGAACCUUGCGUAAGUCCGCUCCAAUCUAGCGACCGAUCUGUAUUUCACAUACAACCGGAAUCCACGCUGUCGUUGAAGCAUUUGCCGCCGAUACGAUUACCUCCGUUCUCCGGUAAAGCCGACGAGUGGGAGAAUUUUCGCAAUAGAUUUACUGCGUUAAUUAUUCAAAAUAACGAACUAUCCGAUUUUGCUCGCAUGCAUUUUCUAGUAUCAAGUUUAAACGAUAGAGCUCGCGACGUUGUUGCCGGUACUCCUGUAACCGCUGAUAAUUUCGCCGUCGCAUGGAAAGCGUUAACCUCUCGUUUCGAAAAUAAACGUAAACUCAUCGAGAUCCAUGUUGCGGAAUUAUAUAAUUUACCUCCCGUCAACCGAAAGUCUUCCGCAGAAUUGCACGCUUUACGAGACAAAACCGAUAGAGCGCUCUCAGCAUUAAAACGUUUAAACCGCACACAAGAUGAGAUCCUUAAUGACAUUCUCGUUUACUUUGUAUCGCUCAAGCUUGACCCCGACACUUGUCGCGCCUGGAAACUCAAAACCGGAUCGGAAUCGACGCCGUCGAAUUAUGACGAUUUAAUUAACUUGAUUUCAUCGCGCGCGCUCGCACUUGAAGAAUUAUCGCCUUCCGUCGCCAAUAAAAGUCGUCCAACUGUAAAAGCAAAUAAUGCGACCCUCUCUAAUCAGUCUCCCGGUCAAUGUACAUUAUGUAAAAAACCGCAUUCUUUCAAUAAGUGUCCGCAAUUCUUAAACAAGAGUCCGAGUCAACGACACGAAUUAAUUAAAAAUUCAAACCGAUGUUUCAACUGUCUUGGCAUCAAGCAUUCAAUCCAAGAAUGCAAAAGCAAAUUUAAAUAUCGUACAUGUCAAAAGAAACAUCAUUUUCUCUUGCACCUUGACUCGAUCUAUCGAUAA